AUGUCUUUGAAACUCCUUCAAUUGAUUGCCGCCUUGGCUGCUUCUGCCCAUGGCCUCGUAGUGCCGGAUAGCCAAGGCGCUGCUUUCAGCGUCGACGCUUUGCUUUCAACACCAGAAGAAUUCGAUCCUGCGGCCGAGAGGCAGAGGAUUGAGACAAGAUACCCUGCGAUGCAUGGCGACAUCAAAGAGGCGGGCAGCGUGAAGCCUUCCUCAUCUGGCAUGUCGUUCUUUGUCCCUACAGUCAUCGGGAACCAGACUUUCAAGAUGAUAUAUGACACUGGCUCUGCCGAUUUAUGGGUGUAUUCCAACGAGUCUUCCCCCUUCCAAAGCCUGGACCACCCAACAUAUGUCCCAACAUCAUCCGCAGAGCUUCUCAAAAAUUACAAUUGGUCCAUUAAGUACGCCUUCGGCGACGAGGUCAGCGGCGUAGUUUUCACCGACACCGUCAAAGCAGGCCCCGUCGUAGCCCACAAGCAGGCCGUCCAAGCCGCCACGGUUAUCCAAGCUGAGUUCGCUUCGGAUGGCAUUCUUGGUCUCGCGUUUAAUACCAUCAACACCGUCCAGCCCAAGAAGCAAAAGACCUUCUUCGAAACUCUCCUGCCCACUCUGAAGAAGAAGGUGUUUGCUGCGAAUCUCAGACUCGAUGGCAAGCCUGCGACUUGGGAUUUUGGAUACAUCGAUAAUACCAAGUUCAAGGGCAAAGUCGCCUACACCCCCGUGGUUAGCCAGAAGUAUUGGUCAAUGAACUCAAGCUCCUAUGCCGUGGGCAAAGGUUCAUUCACAAGUAGUAAGAAGCAGGUUGGCGAGGUCAUCGUCGACUCAGGCACGUCGCUUGUCUACCUCCCUGAAGCUGUGGUGAACGACUACUACAGCCAUAUCGAGGGUUAUGAGUUCCAACAGGGAGGCACUCGCACGUUCCCGUGCAAUAGCACUAUUCCUGACUUUCACUUCAAGAUUGACAGCACAACUCUCUCUAUCCCAGGACAGGAUGUCAACUAUACUGUAUAUGACCCAGCUAACCGUCUCUGCGCUGGAGCAAUUACGACUCAGCUCAACAGCAAAUAUUCAGUGCUAGGAAACUUGUUCAUGAGGAACUACUAUGUUGUCCAUAGUCAGGAGGAGGCUACCCCGAAGCUUGGCUUUGCCGCGCACUGA